CGCAGCCGGCAGGUACAUCUAGGAUCUCAACCACUUUGCCUUCAAGUGGUGCUGGUGCAGCAGAUGCUGACACAGCAACUACACUGAAUUUCGAAGACGAGGAGGGCCGGCGCGCCGACCGGGAGAGCAUGAUUGGGAUGAUAGGGCCCCCUGCUGCGGCUGCGAAUACUAGUGCCACCUCGUCCAGUAGAGCAGCGUCGAAAGAGAGUCAAGCUCAAGUAGUCGAAUCCUCAAAUAAAGACGAGAAUGAAAAGAAAGCUGCUGGAGCGAACAAAAUAGUAGAAGAAGACCAAGACCACGCUGCUUCGAAAGACAAAGAGAUGAAAGAUCAGCAGUUAUUAAUAUGGAAAAACGAACUCCUCCUCGAUGAGAAGGACAAACAGCUGAAACAAACCGCGACUGAAUUGGACAAAGUGAAGCAAGACCUCGCCAAAGCGAAACAGUCCAGCGAGAGUCUUCAAGAGAAACUCGACAAUUUACAGACCUCCCACCAGCAGCAAAUCAAGACCAUCCACGAAACAAAACGACGAGAGUUCGACGAACGGCUGAAAAGAGUGGAGAAGAAAGUCUGCGCAGAGUUUGAAGCGAAGUUGGUGCUGCACGAAGAAAAGGAGAAAUCGCUGGAGAACACUUUGAAAGCGAAACAAGUGGAAUUCGCGACAGUAGAGGAAGAAUUGACACUGUAUCAGCAAAAACAGCACCCGUCACAAGUUAUCAAAUGCAAAUAUGUCUGGGUCUGGAAGGGUUCGAAUUUGUGAUGCGAAUCCUACAUCGUGACAAAAUCUGUCAUGCAGGGCCAGCAAAAGGCCUCCCCGGCUCUUGUUACAGAAAGAUGUGAUAAUUUGUCGUGCGGAUUAGGCAUUGGGAUAGCUGCUCGAAUAAAUCUGUGAUGCUAGGGCUUGCAUGCCAGACGAUCUGGGUCAGGCAAAAACUGCAUGACAAGUGGUCUCGCAGCCUUCCAGACCCAGACAUGUUUGCAGUCGAUACAAGUCCAGGACGUGCAAGACUUUCAGUCGAAAAUUUCCAACGCGACUCUGCACUUGGAAUCAGAAAUCGAAGAAUUGAAGAAGGAGAAAUCAAGUCGGGAUGAGAAGGAGCAUAUGCAUUCUCGAAAUUAAAGUGUCGCACUCUACUAGUAUAAAUCGCAUGACAAGUUUGCUCCGCAUGACACAUGGAAUUUGUAAUGGAAAUGGUGUUUUAGCUUACUUAGGAAGAAGAUUUGUCAUGCAAGUCUGCAACUACCAUCAGAGUACGACACUUUUGUCGAGUGCAUAGAGCAGAAGGUUCUGUACGAAUACCGGAUGAAAAUCAUCGAAUUAGAACAGGAAAUAUGCAUUGCAAAUAUGUCUGGGUCUGGAACAACUUGUGAUGCUAACUUUGGAAUCUGAAGAAAUCUGUAUUGCAUGACCAGCAAGAGCGAGGACCACUCCAGUUUAUGCUACUUACGCGGGGAGGGCAUUUGUCAUGCGGAAUAGGCAUCGGGAAGCCUAUUAAAAAUUUGUGGUGCUAGGACAUACAUCACAGACGCUCAUGGGUCAUGCAGAACAUGCAUGACAAACCUUGCGCUCGUGUCCAGACCCAGACACAUUUGCAGUUGAUAGGAAAACGCGAGGAUAAAUCACCUCGCGGAAGAGAAUAUCGUCCUGUGCAAAACAAGUAUCGUACUAGUAUAAAGCGCACGACAAAUUUCCUCAGCAUGAGAAACGAAAGAUGUAACGCGGAUUCGCCUUGACCUUGACCUUGAGACGAAGAUUUGUAAUGCGUGACUGCGAUUAGUACGAGGGCAAUACAAGUUUUGCAAUGCAUAGCGAAGCAGUUUUUAGAAGAAGAUUUGCGGAAAGAAGUGGAAGAACUCGCUUUGGAACUGGAAACGAAAAAGCAAAACGAGAAGGAACUGUUUUCCAAAACGGCGUAUUUCGCGAUCGACGAGAAGAUCAAAGAUUACAAGAAGCAGAUGGAGCUAGACAAAGAGGAGUUUGAGAAAAAACUCGCCGAUGAGAACAGCGUAUGGAACUGUCAGGAUUGAAAUUGACAAAGUUGAAAAAUUUGUGAUGCGUAAAACCGAUACCAGUUGGAAGCCCAAGUUCUAAGCUGCACAUGACAAAUCUCGACCUCAUCUAAAUCCAGUCUGUCAUGCUGAUUAGUGCAAGAAGGUAUCCUUUGUCAUGCUAUUUCAGCAGCUCUAUCCCAAACCCGAAACAGGCUUACAGUUACAAUCGGCCUCACUUGCAACCCCUGCAAGACAGUCACUUCGUGCCUUGCAUUUUAUGCAUCACAGAUUAUUUCAACUUUGUCGAUUUCAACCCUGACAGACCCAUACAGCGCGAAGAAUUCUUUGUUGGAACUGAAAUGCAGCGAGUUGCAGCUCCAGAACGAUAAAUUACUAUGUGAGAAGGAGAUACUAACCGGGGAGGUGAUGAACUUGCGGCUGUUGGUCGACGCAGAUUAUCCUGUGCAACAGUAUCGUACUCGUAGUAAUCGCAGGGAUGCAUUACAAACCUACAUCCCAAGGUGAAACAGCAUAAGAAAUUCAAUUUCUCAUGCUGAGCAAAUUUGUAAUGCGAUUACUGCUAGUGCAAUAGAAUAGGAUACUUUGCAAUGCAUACAAAUCCAGGCAACGACAGUCCGAUCCUGAUGAUCGGCUCCACUUCCGAUCUUGACACGGCUGGUGGAGUGCCGCUUUUUCGGAGGUCGGUGGCAGAACUAUUGCGAGGAAAAAUCCCCCCUCCCCAUAUCGAUAAGGCACGCCUCAGAAAAUUUGUCAUGCUGAUUUGUGACCACAAAUCGCAUCUGUGAUGCAAGAAAGCAAUGCCACAGGCUCCGCCCCAUUAUGCAGGUGGUUCGUAAUGCUAUUGGGCCUACGGCAUGGACGUUCCCCAUGCUAGGCGCCUAGGCCAAAACCUCUCGACUCCGGCACGAUAUAGGCCUGCAGUCCUUUACUGCAAGACAAAGGCUAUUUGUGGCCACAAAUUAGCAUUACAAAUUUCGUUUUUGAUAUGGGGAGGGGGGAUUUUUGCUCAUGAUGAGAAACGGUCGACUCAGCCAUGAGUCCGGCGGGGAGUGAUCGGUUUCUAGGUGGAGCAGAGGGGAACAACAAAACGCCGAUUCAUUUUCAUGAUCCAGGGGCAGCACGAAUGACAGCCACAGGAGCCCCAAUGACCACAGGUUCGAAACUUGUUGACCUUGCAGGAGGCGUAGGUGCGGCUAGUAGCGAUGACGAGGAGUUGAUCGUUGACGAAUCCACUGCCACUUCUGCCGGGGGUGGCGGACCUACACCGCAGAGCUUAGGAGCAACCACUACCGGAGCGGCAGCAGCUGAUACAGUAGAACAGAACUACGCAGCAGAAGGACGAGAAACAAAAGACCGCGUCAAGGACCACGACGAGGAUCAUGAUCUUCCCAGUACGAUGAAGAACAAUCUCUCAAAAUCUUCCAAAGCGCCGUCCUCCCUCGACCGCAGCAUCGCCGAAUUAGGGUUGCAGGAUUCGCCACUUGCUUCGCCAGAAGAUGAAAGUUUGGAAAAAGCAAAAGGAAAAAGUGACCACCAGGGUGCGUCCUCCUCGAGCGGGGCAAGUACUAGCAGUCCGAGUGGACCACGAGCGAAGGGACUGCUUCCACCCGAUGAAAAGGAAAACGACUCGUCAAAUAAGUCAAUAAAAAAUGACAACGCAGCUUCUACGUGGUCAAGAACACCACCGCAGACGGUAACCGGAGGUCCACCAGAUCCAGACAACGGGACAGGUGCACCAGCAGGAGGAGCUUCUUCUAUCGCAAAAACCCCUCUAUUGGUGAUUAACGACGAGCUGGAUGCGUUGUUGAGCGGAAAAACCAACAACCUCUUGCAGCAAAACCCUCACUAUCCUGUGCAAAAGUAUCGUACUCGUAUUGCAUAAUCAUGCAUUACAAAUCUUUUUGUUGAGGUAGAUCAGCAUUAGAAAUUUUAUUUGUCAUGCUGAGGAAAUUUGUAAUGCAGCAUUGAUACGAGUGCGAUACAUGUGCAAGUCAUACCUACUCCCCGAACGCGGUGCUGAUGCGGGAAGAGGAAGACGGAAUUUCCCCGGCCAAGGAGCAAGACGGAAAAAUAACUGCACAGGACCGAGAUCAGUCGCAUAACUCCAAGAACAGCAGCAAGAAUAAUUCAUCCGGUAAUGAUGUCAGAACUAGAACAAGCAACAGCAAGUCGAAGUUGAAAGCAUUGCGCGAUCAGAGCAAAUUCGCGUUUGAAGAGAUGAUGAAGCGGAUGACGGAGGUGAUAUGGCGUAGUUCUCAAGCGUUACAUUCUCAGCUGCUGCAUGGAGGUUUGUCAUGCAAGAUUACAAUCAGAAUCGGCACGAUCAAGCUGCUUCGCAUGACAAACUGCCGAGAGGCCAACCAGGCGGAAAAUCUGUGCCAAAUCUGUCAUGCAACACGCACAAGGUCAUCCCCCUCACUUUUAUUGCCAUUCAUUCUUGCGUCACAAAUUCGUGUAACAGUUGAGAGCGUAACAGUUGAGAACGCCAUAAGUGAGAGCGGAAUCUGAUCGGAAAGUUAAGGAAGCGCAGGACAAGUUGGAAGUGCAAACGAAAAGCUUGAUGGGAAAGGUAUGGAAGAAUUAUUUAAAAUUUUUUGCUCUCACUUUAUCAAAGUCGUUUCUAUGCUGUGACUUUUUGGAAGUGGGUAUUAACGAAAUUGGCGAAAAUUUCAAUUUUGUUUUUAUUCUCGAGAGUGUGCUGAUUUUUACUUUCAUUAUCACGGGGAUGCGUACCGUCCACCUUUUGCAGCCAUCACGCAAAGAUGCAAUAAUUGGUCACUUUUGUCAAUGUUUCGGGUUGAUUAAGAUUUUAUUGUUUGUGAUUUGAAGUGUUUAUGAAUGUUCAUGAACGAGUGCAAAAUUACAAGUUUCUAAUACAUAGUACUACAGCGAGUUGCUAUCAAAAAAACAAUUUUCUAAUCGCAGGUGUCGCACCUCGAGGAGCAGCGUGACGUGCUCCAAGUCCGGAACCAAACCGUGGAAGAAGAAUUGAAGCAAAUGAUUAUUUGAAGAAAAAUCUGCCCUCCUCAUAUCGAAAAGGAAAUUUGUGAUGCUGAUUUUUGGCCGCAGAUCAGCUUUGUGUUGCGUACAAGGCAGACGGCACCCAUGUGGCGCAUUGUAGAGCUAGUCUGUCGCGCGUUUUCAUCCCAUAUGUCGGACUAGUUUCUCAUGCUCAGCGGCUAUCCGGAUGCGUAGUAUCCAAAAGGGCUUAGAACAAAACGCCGACAAGCUCUUGCUGCAAUACAAAGUUCAUUUGUGUACACAAAUCCAGCAACACAAAUUGUCUUCUGAACAUCAUGGGGUGGGGGCUUUUUUCACUUUGAUAAUGAUCGCGACCAACACGACAAAUUCGAUCGAGUUGAAGAACCUCCAAAACCUCUUCAACGCCCAAAAACAAGAGGCGGACGAGUACAGGAGAAAGGCUGGGAUAAUGUCGUUAACCGCAACGUUGACAGCGUGUUCCUACCCGAUUUGCCACAACGAUACCAUCAAACAAACCACCUUCCAAGAACUCCGGAUUCAGUUGCUACAGAAAAAAAUCGCUUCACUUCAAAACAAGAAACAGAGGGAAGAGGAGGAUGACCAGAAGCAGGCGUUAUUGUUCAAAGCCUGCAAAGCAGAGCUGAAGCAACUGGGAUACGACAUUUCUGGGAAAUUACCCCUGGUGUUGUUGGACGAGGACGAUGGUAGCAGCACGACAGCUUCCAGCCCGACAAACGCAAGCGGCUUGAUGUCUGGCCAGACAUUGUUCCCAGACGAGGAACCAGCAAGCGCUUCUAACGAAACUGUACGAACUGCAAAAGCAUCGUACUAGUAUAAAUUGCAAUACAAAUGCAAAUCAGCUCAGCAUUACAAAUUAAAUUUGUAAUGCGGAUUUGCCUUAAGAAAGUCAAAGAUUUGCAAUGCAUAAAAGCAAUUAGUACGCGUACGAUACUUUUGCACAGGAUAGACUGAAGACGAAGCUGACAAAGUCGGUGACGCGUCCAGAUAUCGACUGGACGACACGGGACUGGAGGCGGUCGAGGAAAUGCUAAAAUUUGACCAGAUGGGAAUAAAUAGUAGAAGUGUCUUCAUCUCUACUCUUGCGGACCCACCACCUCCUUCUCCCUCUGCACAACUAAUGGACGAUGACGACACUGAAAAGGGCUUGAAUUCUACUUCCAGCCCACGAGGAAUAGAUCAUGCGUCCUCGUCUUCACAGCAAGUAUCAAAGCCUUCCUUCCUCGACACCGUGCUCAAACUCGGCACCGACACCGCUGGGGAUUGCAACUUUAUCGCAACCGAGAUUGCAGUAUCAAAUGUAAAAAUGUCUGGGUCUGGAAACUUGUGAUGCUAGGCGGCAUAUCAUGAGGAAGCCACAGGUGCUGGCUCAGCAUGAGAAGUUUCUGAGCUUCUCGGUGUUGCGUAUUCUACAUGACAAACUGCGUUUCUGCAUGACAGAAAAGUGGCGCUCUUGGGUAACGUGCAUGACAGAUUUGAGAGUCAUGCCAGACACGCAUGACAAACAUGGACGCUUCCAGACGCAGACAUUUUUACAUUUGAUAUGCAGAAACCCUAUCCGCCAUGAAAAUCGGCGUGAGUGAGAUUCCGACCAUUCUCUUCCCUCUAGAGUACAAACGCUCGAAUAUCCUGUGUAAAAAAGUCCCCACCCCAGAGUUGUCAUGCAGAUUUGCGAUUACAGGAAGAUUUGUAAUGCGCAUCUCCAUGACGAGAGCGACGCAGUUCCAAUUGCGUUUUGGAAUUUUGUAAUGCUGUAAACAGGAUAAGCAGAUGGAUUUGUGAUGCGGUUGUCCUUGCUAACAUGCACUACACCAAGGACGGACUGCAACUUGUCAUGCCUGGCUCCCAAAACUUCUGGAUUUGUGUUGCUAAGUUUCCAACUUGACUAUGGGUCGGGGACGUUUUUACAUAUGAUAUCGAAAAAGUUCCGGCUGUUUCAGAAAGGCAUGUUGAAAUCCGUCCUCUACUUGGAAAAAUCCUCUUCGUUUUUGCUCGAUUUAACGGUGUAUGGAUUGCAAAUAUGUCUGGGUCUGGAAGAAUGAGCAACUUGUCAUGCUCGGCGAGCAUGAUCCUCAAGCCUGUCAUGUUGCACGUCACCCAAAAAUAGCCUCAUUUUUCUCUCAUGCAAAUAAAGUGCAGUUUCUCAUGCAGAAUACACAACACCAAGCACCUCAGAAACUUGUCAUGCUAGAGCGCCAAUUGGAAUUGUGGCGUCCUCAAGAUUCGCCAACCAGCAUCACAAGUUUCCAGAGUCUGACAUAUUUGCAAGGCAUACGGUGCGGAUCGCGCGGUGCUUGGAGGAAUAUGACUUGCCCAAACGUUACAAUCUCAACCGUUACAAUAGAAUCUGGACGAAUUUGUGUUGCAUGAUGAGCAUGACAGGCUCACACAGCGAUCCACCUUUUGCAAUACAAAUUUCGUCAGAGUGUCGUGGGGUUUAGGGCUCCGGAACUUGUCAUGCGCAAUCCUAUGAGACUUGGCUAGAUCAUGCCGUCUUGCAUCACAGAUUUCUAUAUUCUAUUGUAACGUUUGAGAUUGUAACACCUGAGCGGGCUAUAAGGAAUCGGGGAAGUUUCUCGGGUUGCAGAAACUGUGCAGAUUCGUGGAGGACUACUGCUACCGGUCCGUUUUUACGUUCGGGAAAAGGGAAAGAUCACGGUUUUCCGAAUUCGCGAAGGAAGAAUUUGCGCGGAAAUACGAGGUAUCAAAUGCAAAAAUGUCUGGAUCUGGAAACUUGUGUUGCUGAUACUUGCAUUGCAAACUUGCUGCUUGUACAGCAUAACAGCAUGAGAAAUUGUUUCCCUCGGCAUUCCUUGCGGAUUCAUUUUUCGUGUUUAGCAUUACAAACUGCGCCAUCCAGCAUGACAAAAAACCUGGCCAAUGGUAUUCAUGCAUUACAGAUCUUGUUGUCCUUGAAGUCCUGCAUCACAAAUCCAGACAUAUUUGCAAUGCAUACGAGGACGCACUCCAGUUGGCGGAUGAGGAAGGGAACAACGCGUAUGAGCUGAAGAAAAAGGUAAAGGAGCUGGUACCCUGUGUAAAAACGACGUCACCACGAGGACCCCAUAGUCAAGUUGGAAAAUCUGCAACAUAAAUCUGUGUACCGCUACCGCCCUUCUGUUUAGCAUGACAACUCUGGGGUCCUCGUGGGGACGUUUUUUCUUAGGAUAGCUGGAGGAAAAGAUUCAAGAGAUGGCGCGCAAGGAAGUGGAACAACAGAAAAAUCUUUCAUCUGCAGUUUCAGCAUCUUCAAUGCCAGGGCCUACUUCGUCGCAACAAGAUUUAGCCAGCACGAACCUCCCAAACACUUCGACAACGCCAGCAGGACCAGGUCCGCCGCGAAGUAGUAAAGGUGCUGGCGGUGGUCCUGGGAAAAAUAAGGGCUCGACAACAACUCCGAAGCCAUUCAUGAGUUUGAAAGAGUUGCAUGAGAAACUGAACUAUGAACUGCAAAAGUAUCGUACUCGUAUAAAUGCAUAUACAAAUUUCCUCAGCGUGAGAAAUAAAAUUUGUGAUGCGGAUUUACCAUAAGCAAAAGACUCGUAUAAUGCAUGAUUGCAAUACGAGUGCGAUGCUUAUGCUUUUGCGCUGGAUAUGAACCAAGUCGAAGCGGAGGCGGUGCAGGAAGCGAAUUCGCCACAGUAUUGUGAGGCAAACUCCCCCCUCCCCAUAUCAAAACGAAGCUUCUGAUGCUGGAUUUGCGUACAGAAAUCCGAUCUCUCUUGCAGAAACUGCUUCGCGGCAUUUUCUGAGCCUGUUUCGGUAUGCAGAAGGCUAGCAAUUGCGCAUGGCAAACAGGUUCGCAGUAGUCGAAAGCGCAUGUCAGACUUGCUCUGGAGUGCGUCAAACGGCUCUUCUGGCCCUAUACGCUUGACGAAGAUGAUUUGUGACCACACAUCAGCAACACAAAUUUCCGUUUUGAUAUGGGGAGGGGGGAUUUUUCAUUUUGAUACACAGAAAGUUGAGCUGAUAGGAGAAGGACAACUAGUAUAUCUGGAACAAGCAAAUUCUGAGGCAACAGCCUCUACAUCUGCACUGCAAGACUCAUCUGCACAACUGCAAGGUCCAUCUGCACAACUGCAAGAUCCAUCUUCUGCAACAGCUCCGGUGAACACGAAAGGAGCGAAAGCAACAGUGGUCGUUCCAGGGAUCAAAGGGAAAGGAAAGAAAGCCGCACCACCGCCGGUGCCUGGGUCUGUAGCGCCAGUUGCGACUUUUUCAGGUACCAAGGGGAACGGAGAUGAUGAUGUCGUUUCUGCUAAUAGCAGCACGACAAGUGGCGCACCACCUGGCAAAGGGGGCAAGGCCGCUCUAUGGCGUUCUCAAACGUUACAUUCUCAGCUGUUGCAUGGAUUUGUCAUGCAAAUUUGCUAUCACCCUCCACACAAUCAGGCUACUUAGCAUGACAAACUCGCUGCAGUACGCUUAACAACAGGUACAUCCGUUCCAAAUUUGUAAUGCCAAGCGUGCAAAAAUCUUUCCGCUUGGACAUUUACUAUUCUUGCAACACAAAUUUAUGUAACGGUUGAGAAUUAUAUAACAUUUGAGAAGGCCAUACCCUCCUCCGCCAGUGCCAGGAUCAUCGUCGGGGCAAGCCGCAUAUGGAUUGCAAAUAUGUCUGGGUCUGGAACGUUGCAACUUGUGAUGCUGUGUUUGGAUUCCAAAAAAAAAUUGUAUUGCAUUACCAGCAACAGGUGUCCAGUUCUUGCUACGUGGAGGGGGCAUUUCUCAUGCGGAAUAGGCAUCAGGAAUCCCUGCUCUAAAAGUCUGUGAUGCAAGGUCGUGCAUUACAGGCAUUCUGGGUCAUGCAAAAUAUGCAUGACAAACCUGGCAAUCUUCCAGACCCAGACACUUUUACAUUUGAUACCGCAGUACCACCUGCACCUAAAGGAGCAGCACCGCCGGCGCCAGUUCUGGCAAAAGGGGCUCCUCCUCCGGUACCUGGCGGGAAAGUAGGCGGUGCGCUGCCAAUACCUGGGGGGAAAGGAGCAGCACCCCCACCAAUACCUGCAGGGACGAACAAAGGCGGAGCAGCACCCCCACCUCCCGCUCCCGGCAAAGGCGCAGCACCACCCGCAAAAGGCGGCGCUGGUGCGCCACCUCCUGCAAAAGGCGCCGCUGCACCACCAGGGAAAGGCGCAGCUGCACCACCCGGCGGUCUGAAAGGCGCCGCUGCACCGGGGAAAGGAGGAGUUAAAGCCGCCGCCGUAUGGGCGGGUACUCAAACGUUACGUUGUUUGCUGUAAUGCGUGACUUGUCAGGCAAAAUUUAAAUACCAUCAGCAUCCACACGACCAAGCUGCUAGUUCGCAUGACAAAUUCUUGAAGGCGGGCUAAAAAGAAAAACAUCAUGGCAAAAAAAUAUGCGCCGAAAUUGUAAAUGGAAGAGCUGCUCUAGUAGGUUUUCUCCCACCUUUUGCUUUUGCUAUUCAUUCUUGCGUGACAAAUCCAUGUAGCCAGGAACUGACAGGGUAACGCUUGAGAACCACUUCAUACGCCGGUGGGAAAGGCAAGGGAAAGAAUCAGCCGCAAAUCGACAUUCCGCUGCAUGACGUCCCAGAACCACCGAAGGAGCACGUCGCGAAGGCCUUGCACUGGCAGAAACUAAUCCCGAAGCAGUACGAGAACAGUAUUUUCGCGAGGUUAACUUUACUGAAAGAGAACAAGAAGCCCCCGCCGCCAGGGGGGGAUCAACUUCUACAUCAUCCGGAGGAUAUCAUACAACCAGCAGGAAGAACACCCAGUAGCCCCUCCUCUGGGCCUAUCGUGAAAAAUAAAACCGCCGUCGCUGGUACUCCUCUCCCAAGCAGCAGCGCUCUUGCGUCCCCGCCACCCAGUUCGCAAAAACUGAUGCUGAAGAGCAGUCACAAUUUGACUACCGCUGCAGGAGGUGCUACCGCUUCGUCUUCUACGCGCCCCAACACGAAUUUCGCGAAGGUUUUACAGAAUCUUGGGAAAAACUGCCGCUUGCAGAAGAUCCAACAACACUUCUUCCAAAAGCCAGUCGCGAAAACAACUGCCGGCGGCGGGAAUAAAGACGGUGCUCCUGGUGGUGGUGGAGCUGCAGGUGGUAAAAAGGAAAAGAAGCUCACAACGUUAUUAGAAGACGGCGGGAAGGCGCAAAACAUUGAAAUUGCGUUGAAAUCAAGGAGUAUCACCGCGGAACAGGUGCGGAAACGGCUAUGCAUUUGAAAAGCAUCUUCGUGCGUAGGAGUAAUUCUAAUUGCAUCACAGAUUCGGAGGUCGUAAAAAGGGAUGAGAAGAUAAAAAUGCGUCAUGCAGUAUGAUCAGGUAAGAAGGAAAAAUCUGUCGUGCAUGAUUGCGAUUAAUACUACGAGUCUACGAUCAUACUUUUCCAGUGGAUAAAGGCUCGACGACUACGAUUUGAAAUCCAUGAACUUCGAGUCUCUGCAAAUCGUGAUCAGCAUGUACCCCACCACAGAGGAGAUUCAGCAGUUGAGGAGAUACGACGAGCUACUCGCAGCGCAGGAGAAAGACGAUCCGAACAACCCGCUGCCCCCCCUCCGCGGCGCGGAAGACUUUCUGAUGGGAAUUCUCAAGAUCCAGCAUUUCAAGCAGAAAACGGACUGCGUUUCCUACGUGGAGCUGUUUCCGAAGUCGUUUGAAGAAACGGAGAAGGAAGCAGGUUUGUUGGAAAGCUGCUCGGUGAAGAUAUUGAAUUCGCAGGCACUGCAGGUGGUUUUCUUUCUCAUUAUGCAGAUCGGGAAUUUUUUGAACUACGGAACGGCCAAAGGGUCCGCUUUCGGCUUCUCGCUGGACACAUUAGACAAAUUCGGGCAAAUAUCCAAGGAAAAAACUGUGCAGGUGUAAUUUUCUACUUAGAGGAAUAGCAUCACAAGUUUGAUGCUCUGCAUGACACAGAAAGCCUGUCAUGCGUAUCCAGUACCUGAAAACAGAACACGAAGGAAAGAGCCUCUGAUGCAAAUCCAGCAUGACAAGUAUAGCAGUUUUACACUUUCUGCAUCACAGACUUACACUCACAUAGCUUUUUUCUUGCAUAGCAAACGGCCAGCUUUUCCGCGAAGGACUACACGCUAGCGCACGCGCUCUGUGUAUCAAAUGCAAAUAUGUCUGGGAGGUCUGGAAUAGUGUGAUGCUGUUUGUGCAUGACACAGAAGGUCUAGCAUGCAAGUCCUAGCAACACAGGUUUUGUGCAGGUUAGGCGAUGCCUAUAUCCGCAUGACAAGUUCCCUCCUUUGGUGGCAAUAAGUGAGCAACUUUUAGUGCAGUCCAUGCAUGACAGAUUUUUUUUCUGGUCUCAAAUGUGCAUCAGAAGUUUACACGUUUCCAGACCCAGACACUUUUGCAUUUGAUAUUGUGAGGAACUGUGGAAUGAGAGUAGGGAUUCGCUGAAGCAGUUUUUAGAGGAUUUGAAGGAGUGCGAAGUUGCCGGGAGAGUGGAUUUCGCGGACUGUAAAAAGAGGGCGAAGGAUUUAGAACAGCAUAUCCCACAGAAAAAAGCAGGCAGGGCAGAUUUGUAAUGCAAAAAAAAAGACACAAAAAAAUCUAUCAUGGGCGGCCCCCUAGCAUGCUGCUUCGAAUAUGGAAUGCGGAUUUUCUUGUGUAUCUAUUUUUGCAUUACACCCUGCCUGCUUUUUUCUGUGUAAUACAGCAGGUGGAAUACGUGCGGAAAACGGUCGGCGUGAAGGUAAAAAUCUGUAUUGAAUGCUACUUAUGUGAUUUUUUGCGAUUGCGCAUGAUGCGCACGACAAACUAGAAGAUGGUUUUGGAGCCCAAUUGAUGCGAACGCGCACGCCAACCUAGACGACGUCUCUAGUACGUUCUUUCCAACUUCGAUUUGUAUUUCUGCAGCAAAACAGAAACAUCCAUGUCGAUAAUAUCAGCUUCCGGACGAAGACGCAGCUGACGGCAGUACUACAGUUGCAGAAGGGAAACCAACCAGCACAACAGCGACUAUCACCCCGCUUUUCUACCCUGAGUAAAAUAACCAUCCCCACACCAGAGGCAAGAUGGGAAUUUUGCAACACAAACCUAGAACUUUUGGGGGUCACGCAUCACAAGUUGCAGUCCGUAGUGUAGUGCAGGUUCGCAAGGCCAGCUGCAUCAGAAAUCCAUCGGCUCAUCCUAUUUACAGCAUGACAUACAAGAAAGUACAAAAAACGACUAGGAACGUCUCUCCUGGCGAUGCGCAUUACAAAUGUUUCUGUCAUUGCAAACUGCAUGACAACUAUGGUGCGGGGACGUUUUUACUCAGGAUAUCUUCGGCUCCGCCUUCACAAAGGGGAUGGAGGAAUUUGUCAUCAACGAAAAGAAAAGGGUAUAUGCAUGGCAAAUAUGUCUGGGUCUGCAAAUUUGUAAUGCUAAAAAUGUAAUGCUAAUAUUGAUAUUCGCACUGCAAUGCGCAGCCAAGCAUGACAAAUUUUUGGGCUGCUAGGUGUUGCGUAUUCCGCAUGACAAACGUGAGUUCUUUCAUGACAGGCAAGACGUCCUUUUCGUGCUCACGCAUCACAGAUUUGAGAUGAGUCAUGCCCGACAAGCAUGACAAUUUUGCAUUCAUUCUUCUAGACCCAGACAUAUUUGCACUUGACAGGGUAACGAAUUUGACCAAAAAGAUCGAGAAGUUAGAAAAAAAGCAAACGGAGUUAGUUUCCUUUCUCGCAGCGCGAAAUGGGACCGCAUUACAGGACUGUUUUUCCUUAUCCAAGGGAAAAAGAUUGCCGGUGUAACUUGAACUGUUUUAUUGGCGGAGCAGCACUUUUACAAAUCUGUCUGGCAGAUAGUUGUACGGGGAAAGGAAUAAGAAAGCAAAAACAUAAACAUGUUUGGAUCGUAGACCUUGCAGUACAACAUGACCAGCAUAACAGACGCAAAAAUCGUUCUGCGUGGUGCCUGUUAUCAGAAAGCUUUUAUACUUGCAAUUUUUUUUUGGCGGAUUUUGCACCCUCGCGAAGUUCCGAAAGUUGAUAGAGCAGUCCAUGCGGCAGAAUCAAGAAUAUCGUGAGGAAAAAUAUCCCUUCCCACUAUCGAAAAGGAAAUUUGCGAUGCUGCAUUUGCGUACACAAAUCGGGUUGUAUUGCUAGAAGAGCAAGGGACGCACUUGUGGCCUUGUUUGCAGGCAAUUUGUCAUGGUGUUUCCCACUUCCAGUCGCCCCCUGUCAUGCUGAAGACGCAAGGCUUUCCCACGACGCCAGCCAGCACUACAGUCCGCCGCUUUUGCCUUCUAGCAUGACAACACGACUUGUGGCCACGAAUCAUCGACGCAAAUUUCCAGUUUCUUGAGUAAUUUGGGGAGGGGGGAUUUAUCCUUUUGAUAAAGAAAGAAUUUUGAAGGAAAGGAAACGGCAACAGAUAUCCUGAGUAAAAACGUCCCCACACCAGAGUUGUAAUGCAGAUUUGCAAAGACGGGAAGACUUGUAAUGCGCAUCCCCAUGAGAGCCGUUUCCAAUCGUGUUUUGGAAUUUGUGAUGCUGUGAACAGGAUGAGCAGAUGAAUCUGUGAUGCGGCUGCACUUGCUAACCUGCACGACACUGCAGAGCGCAACUUGUCAUGCGUGACUCACAAAACUCCUAGGCUUGUGUUGCAAAAUCCCCAUCCUGACUCUGGUGUGGGUACGUUUUUACUCAGGAUAACAGAGAGAGGAGGAUGCGAGGAAGCUAUCCACAAAAAGAAAACUACACCCAUCCCCAUCCAAUUUGUCGUAUGGAAGUCAUGCAUUCAAUCCAGUGUAGUUCUUUGUCAUGCAGAAUAAAAAUGGAUGGGGAUCUUCAUGGGUGUGGUUUUUUCCUGGAUAGAAGCGGAUAGCAGAUAAAUUGAUGUCGGCGGUUGGGAAGGAAAAGGAGAAAGAAAAACAAGCGGAGACUACAGCACCCGUCGGGCCGAAAACUGUGGAAGAAUUUUGCAAUGUGGAGGGCAAGGCGAAAAUAUUAAACGGGCAAAACAAUGAUCCUGCUGGCACCACGCCGGAAACAACAGGAGCUGGUGCGGAAAAGGAACAGAAGAAAAAAACAACUAGUACCAGCGGGGGCGCGCUGGAUUUAUGCGAGUUGAGUUUUGGCGCUUACCAAGGAGAGCCAGAUACUGCUGCUGCUGCUGCUGGGAAGAAGCAACAACAAAAGAAGCCGCCAGAUAAACCUGCUAGUUCAACAAGUUCUCCGGAAGGACCGAAAGCUACAGCGAGCGAGGACCAGGCAGCAGCUGCAACAAUUGAAAGUAGUAAAUCAGAAGCUGCAAGAACCACCUGCCCUGCAGAAGUGGGAGCGCAAUCCCAAUCGGAAGCAGUGAGUAAUAAUGAAGUAGACCCCGCCUCUACUACUUCUACCUCUCUGGACAAAUCAAAAUCUGCGCCUGCAGCCCCGGAAGUUGUAAAACUGAAGCCGACGAACCACCCCCACCCGAAGUCAAGAGAACCGCCAGACGGAGCACCGCCAGAGGAUUCCCCCUCCCUAACGAAAUCGCAGAUCCGAAAAGCCAGCAGCACCAUUGUGGUCGGCGGCGAGCGAAAACGGGUCAGUACGCUGUUGCGAACCAGCAGGACAAGCAACCAGUACAGCUCUUCUUCGUCGGAGGAGGAGAGGGAGGACGUGUCCUCGCCGGUCACGUAGCAGUCGGCAAUGCUGACUAAAGAUAGUGCAGCCAAGUAUAAUUCAGCUUUUAAUGCUAGGUUUCGUUUUCAAAAGACCGUCAAUAAAUCUAACGAGUUGAAUGAUUAUUUUCAUCGUCAUCCUUGCGGCAGCGCCAGCGGCACGGAUGUUCUUGUUGUUUUUCAUUGCACGAUCGAAAGAUCAAGGGUUUUCCACAAUUUAAGUGAAAUCUAACGAAACGGAAGCGACGCAUUUCGGAGCUCGCUCUUCUUGAGAACAAAGGGCUGUAGUGCUCUGCAACCACAAACACCAUUUUCAAUAUAUUCGCGAAUACAGCAAUAGUGAGGUAACCUCGCUAAAUUUGCAGCAUUGCUCAACAGGAAGAACAAGAUUUUU